UGUAAAGUUUGGACAGUAGAAACCUUAAUUUACGUUUGAUCUUGAAAAGAUUUUAUAGCUUUAGAAGGGGUAUUUUUUAAGGCUCUUUACCACAUAUUUUAUGAGUAAAACGAGGUWUUUUAUUCCAGUUCAUUCAAGAUGGCGACAUCGUGUGGAMCAACRAUUUGGCAUCAGUCYGUKAUCACAAUUAACUCAAAAAAGCGAGGAAUUCACUUGAUAACCGAUCAAAUAGCUAAAAUUCCUGAAGUAAAGAAGUACAAGAUUGGCUUGGCUCAUCUUUGCCUGCAGCAUACYUCAGCAAGCUUAUCUUUGAAUGAAAGUUGGGAUCCUUCUGUACGAGUUGAUAUGGAAAUGAUGUUGAACAGGCUUGCACCUGAAAAUGCACCUUAUACGCAUACCCUGGAGGGACCAGAUGACAUGCCAGCACAUGUAAAGACAAGCUUAAUGGGAGCUACUUUAACAAUCCCAAUAACCAAUGGYAAACUGGCUCUUGGUACCUGGCAAGGAAUAUGGCUUUGUGAACAUCGAAAUCAAGCAAGUCAUCGCAAAAUAGUCGUGACACUACAGGGAAUUCAGCAAUAACACRAACACCUUUUACCAACAAGAAUCCUUUUAUUCACUAGUGCUCAAUCUUCUCGCUAAUAAAAAACAUGUUAUUCCAUGGAUAAGCACCAUAGAUGUUCAGUUGAGGUUCUCGAACUAAAUUAAAUAAAAUCAUUAGUUAUAGACACAGUUAUGGAAGUAGCAUGACUUGGAUACAGGAGCACAAUUAUUUAAAACUAAUAAAAACAUCAAACAGGA